AUGCAGCAACCAACGGAGCACGGAUCGACGGACCAGGACGCCGCAGCCCCGUCAGAGCCCACUGCCUCGGAACCGGUGCAGGCCGGCCUCUCCAACCUCACGCUGCAGAGCGUCUCGCUGAGCCUGCAAACGGCCCUCCUCGCGGCCCUCCAGCGAGCCGCCCUCCUACCCCCGGGCCACGCGGCCGCCGCGGCCCUCAACCUCCAGGCCCUCGAGACCUACGUGACCCUCCAAAGGCUCCACGCCAGCGGGGCCGCGGUUGUCGCCGCCGCCAACACCACCAGCGCCCCGCCACCCAAUGCCCCCGCCACCCCCUCCUCCUCGUCGUUGUCGUCGUCACCGUCGUUGUCCGGCCCGAGGAGUCCCAAACUAGAGUCCCAACAGCAAUUGGCGAGCUUGCAGCUGCUGAGAACCGGGCCGAGCACGACUUUCGUCGUCGACGACGAGGAGCACUCGCAGCUCGAGUUCGUGCCUGCCGAGCCGGACGACGAGCUGGCCUUGCUCGAGGAGGAGGAGGCAGCGGCGUUUUUGCGCGAGGCAGCGGGACCGGCCCUCCUGGGGCACGAGUUGUUGCUCCAUCGGAUAGCCGAGGCGGCGAGCCAGUCGGCCUUGCCGGUCGCCGGUGGUGGUGCUGCGGCGUCGCCGGGUGGAUCGGCGAGUCCCUCGCGGGUGGUGCAAUCGGUCCCACAGUCGGUGCAGGCGAGCUCGACGAGCGCCGAUACUGGGGGCCUCCUGCUACCCUCGAGGGCGUGCAGGGCCUCAAGGCCCAAGAAACAGUUCAUCUGCAAGUUCUGCAAUCGGCAGUUCACCAAGAGUUACAAUCUACUCAUCCACGAGAGGACCCACACGGACGAGAGGCCCUACUCGUGCGACAUAUGCGGCAAGGCCUUCCGUCGGCAGGACCACCUCAGGGACCACAGGUACAUCCACAGCAAGGAGAAGCCGUUCAAGUGCGCCGAGUGCGGCAAGGGUUUCUGCCAGAGCCGGACCCUGGCCGUCCACAAGAUCCUCCACAUGGAGGAGUCGCCGCACAAGUGUCCCGUGUGCUCCCGGAGCUUCAACCAGCGGAGCAACCUCAAGACCCACCUGCUCACCCAUACCGACAUAAAGCCAUACCAUUGCGCCUCGUGCGGCAAGGUAUUCAGGCGCAACUGCGAUCUGCGCCGGCACUCGCUCACCCACAACCUCGGGGCGUCGAUGCUGGCCAACUCGCCCCCGUCCUCGUCCGCCUCGUCGGCGCCCAACUCGCCCGGGCACGUCGGGAUCGUCGUCGUCGCGGCACAACCGGCGUCCGUCAUGCAGGAGACCUCCUAG